GGUAUGUACAUGUAUGGUACAUCCGCUCUGACUUAUAAACUCGCGCGUGGGCUGUGGUCAAAUUUUACAAUGGCAACUGCUCUUGAGUCAAAGUCAGAAACAAGCUUUAUCAUUCCUGCCAAAGUUAAGUGUACAGUUUGCGGGGAGCUCACUGAAUCGACCUUGACUGGCACCGCCAUGGUUUGUACGAACCCUGUAUGUAUAAAGAAAUCUAUUGUGCAUGCAGCCGAAGAAACAGUUUCUUCAGUUGAUGAUGAGUAUUUUUUUAGUAGCAAAGGUUUUAGAGCACAUAGCUCCAUUGGGAACUCAGCAAGAGAGUGCUCAUGAGCACAAAAAUAUCAGUUUCUUCAAGAGACUUACGUCUGGAAAUAUGAUUGUCUCAGGAAAAAAGAAAUGUGUAAAUGUUAUCAUGAGCAUUGCAGGAGGAUCUCAAAGUAUUGGGCACAAAAGCAUUCAAAAAGCUUAUCAUCAAAAUAAUGUUUCUACAGAUUUACCACAAGAUAUCAUUGAAACAUGCAAACUUGCUCUGAAAAGUCUUCGAGGCUGUAACAAUGGAAGCCUUAUUCAAGAGAGAUGGUUGGCAGAAACAAAUCAUCUCUUACAGAACAAAACUCUCACUAUUGGUGUUUUUGGCCGUCAUAAAGCUGGAAAAAGCACAGUAUUGAAUGCUCUCCUGCAUCAUGAAACAUUGCCCUCAGCUGUGAAAAAUGAAACAGCAUCAAUUACAUAUAUUCACCAUGAACCUUGUAAGCAUCUGGGUAAAAGGUGUUCAGAAGAUUGUGAGGAAUAUCUUUCAAUUAAAAACACUGAGAUAAAAGGCCGAAGAAAUAUUCGACAGAUAAUUCAGAGCAGAAAUUUUGACAUCAGGGAAAAUAAAAAAUCAGCAUUGGAGAUUAUAGAAGUGGUAGCCCAUGUGCCUUUUCUGUGUCCAUAUUCUACUGAUAAUAUUAAGAUUGUGCUGUUAGAUACUCCUGGUUUGGCUGAAUCAAAUGAAUUAGGAAUUUCUGAGUUAUCAGAACACCAACUAAUGACCUGCUCAGCCUUCAUUUACGUUAUAUCAUGUUUACAGUUGGAGGAUGCUAUUGACACUGACACAUUUAGGGCUAUAGCUGAAAGAGACCCUGGUGUUUUCAUUGAGAAACGAAUGUUGAUUGUUGUAACAAGGCUUGAUGAGUAUAAGCAAUCUGAAAAGAAGUGCAAUGACCAAUCAAUGCAGGCCUGUAAUAGUGAUGAUGAUGAAACUGCAAGUCUUGAUGAGCUUAUCAAAAACAUCAAGGAAACCAUUCAACAGCAGUGCAAAUUUAUCUCAAUACCUGAUGAUUGCAUCAUUCCUGUGAGUUCCACUGCAGCUUUGGAGGCAAGGAAAGUUCAACUAGGAUUAAAAAGUCGAGACAUUGAAGUGUUAUUAGGAAAGUUUCGAAGAAUCAAGAGUGGCAUAAAACUUGAGGAACUAGAAGAAACUAGUCAGCUACUGGUAUUAGAAAAAAAGCUUCGUGAGAUUGCCCUGAAUUCUUAUCGUUUAUGGCACCGUUCUAUUGUGAGGGAUUGCUCUAGGUACUUGGAGCAAGCUGUGAGGGAACUGUAUGACAUUGAAACUAAUUUUGGAUGUGUUGAAGACAAAUAUAAUAAAAAAAUUUGUAGCAAAGAGAGGUUACUGGCAGAAUACAGAGCAGAAAAAAAAGACUUAAGAUCCAAGUAUGAAAGUGACUCAGCAUUUCACGUUUCCUUAAAGGAUUCUUUUGAUGAAGAUGUGCAGUCAUUACGUAGUAAAAUUGAUGAAAAGUUUAAUGAUCAAUUCAAAAAAUUUGAGUCAGGUAUUAAGGAAAGGCUAAGACUUACUGUGGAAGAAUAUAAUUCAAAAGUUGAGGAGUUUAUUGAAGAUGCAAACAAGUCACUUAAAGAUAUCAUACACCAUGCACACUUCAAAAAGAUGAACAGCAUUAUUAAGGAGUCCUCUUUUCAAUUGGGAAUAGCCAGACAAAGACUUGAGCAAAAAAUGGCACAGUACUGCGACACUACUACAUCAGUUACAAAAAGCUCAUUCUUGGCAGAAAGUGAGGAUAUGACUGAAAUUAUAAGUGAUGAACCAGUCAACAUCGUACCUCUUAAGUUGAAGGACUUGUUAAGCUCUGUAAAUUAUAGCAUAUUUGACAGAAUGAAGAUUUUUGCCCAGAAGGUUUUUCUUAGGCUUAAAACUGAUGAUGAUCCACGACGCCAAUUAUUGGAUGUAGAAAGAAAUGCAUUGCUUAAAGAUCUUAAAGAAUGUCUAUUAAAAGACUGUGUGGAUUUUUUUAGAAAAAUCAAAUCAAAAUUAGUUCAGAGCUGCUUACAAGAACACAAAAAAAUUGCUGAAAGUCACAUAUUUGAAGUAAAAUUACUGUAUUCUGACCAAAAAAAGCAGGUGGAGAGUGAUGUUAAAAUUUGGAAGAAGGAAGCUCUGUUUUAUGAGGGGCUUAAAAAUUCUCAGGCUGCUAUAGCAAGAAGUCUGACAAAGCAAAAAAACCAUCUCACAGAACUUUCUGCUAAGUAAAAAGUUUUUGUAAAGAACAAUAAUUUUGUAUGAGUCUGCAUGUGCAUAAU